GAACACAAAACAAACAUUCUAGUAGCUCAACGAGGUCUCUCACACAAUGACGCUACCUUUAGACAAGGACAUAAUAGUUAAUGUGCUGCGAGAAACAUGUCUAGCCGCAACAUUGCAGCUAGCAAAUUCGCUCUCAACGGCGCAGACAUCCUCGGACGACGACUCCGGAUUUGCGAAUCUUCAAUCACCAGCGCUGUUUGGGCGGUUAUAUAGAGAAGGAGACAUCAGCACGAAACUGGACAUACAGGCGAACUUUCCGCUUCUUGCAAAGCUCCCCAAUGGCUCUCCGCCGAUAAGGUUUGACGGGCUUUCCGAAAACAUGUCUCGGAGAAACAAAAAUGAGUCAAGUACGCGGGGGAACAUUCUUACGGAAGAGUCCAAUGACGAUGAAUCGGAUGAAGAGGAUGAAGAAGAAGAAGAGGAUGAGGAUCAAAUUGAUGAGGAUAUUGAAGAAGAAGAGGAAGAAGGCGACGACGAAACCGACGAAGAGGAAAGCAGCGCUGACGAUAGCAACAAUGCUAACCGAAAACCUUUUAUAUCGACCAGUCCGAUACUCAACGAAGUCCCGUCCGGGUUGGUUGACAGCAGGCAGCGGAACACUUCCUCGGCAAGCACUAUGUCGUCUAUUGCUCCCUUUAGACGUCGGCGACGCCCACUGCCUUCUGCAGACCACCAUAAAAACCCAUCCUCUGCUAUCAGUGAAUCAACCAUAACUGAAACCGAAGACGAAUCAAGCUUUUCACCACCCACACAAAGCGAACAUCAACAAAUUCAGAAAGUUUCACAGGAAGUAACCCAUCUCAAUUCCUCGUUAGCAUCACCACCAUCUCUUCAAAGCAAACUCACGCCAAUAAGACGUCCUGAUUUGGGCGACCGUUCUGACUCGGUGAACACUCUUAAAUCAAAGUCCGAACUCGAUCCUCUAAUAAAUACCCCUGUGUCCACAAAAUCAUCCUCCAAAGCUUUGAUUUCAGCAUCUACUUCUAAAACUGAAGCUUCAUCAGGCUCGAAGAAGCAGACCAAGGGUUUACGAUCGUUGGGUAGAUUUAUUCGUCCUAAGCAAAUUGCUUCUACUUUUGCACAUCAUUCAGCGACGAACUCAAACGCAAACAACUUGGUUUUUGGCUCAGAUGGCUCAGAAGAAGAGCCACAUAAAAACUCAAACUCAGGUUUGAAUGACAAGACACUAAAUCAAGCACAGCAACCAGAGUCAAGUAUGAUGGAAAAAAACGGUAGUUUUGAUACCAAAAAACUUGAAGGAGCUGAAUUGGAUUCUGUACCUGUCCUAAAAGUAGAUUCAUUGUCAGAUACAGCAUCAGCGUAUGCAGCAUCUUCACAACUUCACUCCAGCAAGGAUUAUGAUGAGGAUGAUUCAAAGUCGAAUUCCGAAAGAGAUACUAUAAACUCUUCAGACUUCGAAGACAAUGAUUCUGUGGUUGAUUCAAUAGAAUCGAGUGAAUUAGCUGACUCGGACUACGACUACUUUAAUCCUCCUACAACAGCAAAUACCACAAGAACAGAGAAAAGAGUUUCACUUGCUAAAGGUGUUUCAGGGGAUGCAGGUGAAGUUUCAGAUUCAGCUCUUUUAGGUGUAGGUCCCAAUGGCGACGAUAUUAGCCCUGGUACAAGUACUGGAAGCUCACUAACUUCUGGUUUGAGGAGAUCCAGAGGAUUGUACCAUCCAUACGAGGACCCCGAUGUUGGCGAUUAUAUCGACGAUUUGGACUCAGAAGAUUACAUCAGUGAUGCAGAAGACUACCCCAUUGAUGACAGUGUUGGAUAUUACGAUGGUGAUGUGUUGAGUGCAAAUUCCGCAGUAGGAUUGGGCAAAGAUAAUAGAAGAAGAGAUUCUUCAAGUGUCAACAGUACUUCGAGUGAUAUGAAAAACAAGCUGGAGGUUUCGCCCAAAAUGAACUCAAUAUCCAAGAUAAACUUUGUUCGCAGUCGUCCGGGGAUGAGAAGUACUAGUGGUACUGGAAUUUCACGAUCCUUAGCUCCUGCAAGAAGAAGGCAAUCGAUAGGUAGUGUAAUCAGACCUAAUACCUUAUUGAUGUCGGACACCGGUAGUUCCUUGACAACACAUAUGCAGUCGAACCUCAAUACCAUUGAUGCAACCUCAAUAUCUUCUACGUCGACAGCAAACACCAAAUCCCUUUCCAAAGGAGUCAAAUCCGCCAAAAGUUACAACAACUUACUCAGUAUGAAGUAUGAUUCUGGAAGCGAAGAGAAAGAAAAGCAAAAAGAAAAGAAUAAAGAAGGUAAUAAACUUUUUUUCAACAAAAUUGAUAUCAAUAAAAAUACCAACAAUAAUUUACCUAGUCAUUCGAGUAAGCAGAAGACUUCCAAACUAACUGAACUUAUUCAUAAGAAAAACAUUUCGCUGGAUUACUACAAAUACGUCAUGGAGAAGCAAAGUGUUAGUGAUACACUUUUACGCUUGAAGAUAUGUAUUCCAGACUUGGGAAUACCAUAUAAUCAGUCUUUGAAAUUACAGGUCAAUUCUUCAGUUCAAGUGGUUGAGCUGAUUGGAUAUGUGCUCUACGUUUUACAGCAAAGCAAAAAUGAGAGCCUUGAUAAGCAUCAUUUGGACCCAAAUGCCUGGAAGCUGUACCUUGCAGAUGACGACGGGGAAAUGGAAGACGAUUUUGGAGUUUUGGAUCGGACAAGAGUUGUUCAAUCUUAUGGUGCCGAUGAGUUUGUUCUUGUCGAAUGCACAGAUGUCGAAACUAAAGAAAAUGAAAAAGUAACGCCAUCCCCAUUGGAAAAUGGUUCUUCGCAGAACCUCUCCGAUAUAAAUCCUCAAAUGUCUGCAAAUGUUUCUGGAAUAAUAAAUUAUGAUGAUGCGACAUUUGAUGCUGCUCAGCAAACGAAGAGUGACUCUGUUGCUACACUACCAUCAGAGUUAACUCCAACUUCAGGGCUAACUUUUACCAAUACUCUACCGUCGAACAAUUUCCAACAACAGCAACAACAAAAGAGACAACAGGUACAACAACAACGUCAACUGAAACAACAGCAGCAAUUCGUUCUUGACGAUCUGGACUCGGAUGAUGAUAAUUUAGUUUUCAACGAAAAGAAUCAAAAACAAGUCAAGAAGGAUAUCAGGAAAUAUGCGUACCUAAAGUCAAAAUUGAAUACGGGUAGCAAUAAAGUGGGCUUCAAUGACAAAGAAAGGGAGAAGGAAUCGAAGCUAAAUAAGUUCAAGACACGUAGUAAAACCAUACAGUCCAUUCUGCAUAAUACGGCCGAUCACUACCAGCAGACGCAGCAAGAAUUAUUUCCCUCUGGGAACAAUACUGGUAAUAACAUGACCUUUGGAAGUAUUAUGGGCAACAUGAAUGGGGUUACUGUGAAUAAUGGCGUUAUGAUGGGAGCUACAGGUGUGACGAGCCCCAAUGGCGUCGAAAUUGUCAACGCCACCAACUCAACUAUGGCUUACAGUAAACAGAAAAACAACAAUUAUUUAGUGGAAGGUGAGGAAGGCGACAAUAAGGCCUUAAUGUAUCAUAGGUGGACGGUUUGGAGAAGACAGCAAAUGUCGUUUAAGAAUAAGUUACCGAAGACGUUGACUGUCGAUGGAUACCAGAUCUAUCUCUUGCCUUUCAAUGAAUUCAAAGGGUCGUGGUAUGAAUCGAAGACUUACAAUUUCGAUAUCUCCCAAAUUCUAAAAAUCAAGCAAAACCCAAAGGUUCCGAACUAUUUCAAGAUUAUUAUCAAGAAGAACGCCGAAGGUAUUGUCAAAAAGUACUAUCUUGAGGCAAGAAGCUCAAAAGAGUGUCGGGAGAUUGUGGAUACAAUCAAGGCUCUUGCAAAGACUUAUAGUGAACAAAUGUAAUAGAGUUCCAUUUAUAGCGGUAUAGGCCAGGCUUGGCUAUGUAGAUCGAUUUAACGCAGAAAGGUUUGAAAUAGGAGAGAGCCUGGCUCGUCAAAAUGAACCGC